UUUAGCCCUGAUUAGAUCUGCUGCAUCAAGUCGUGAAUCUAGUCAUGGGCAAAAUACGCAGUUGCCUCCUGUCUUAAGGAAAACUCUUUCUAACUCUAAGGAAAAAGAUAAUGUGAUAGAAGCAGUGAAAGGAUCCGUUGGAGAUGGUACCUCUAGUGAGAUUAAAGCCACUGAAAUGAAAAAGAAUCCUGAACCCCAACUCAUUGGCAAAGGAACUGAUUCAAUGGAACUUACGUUGAAAGGUCCAGAAUAUAAUAUAGAUCAGAUGGAAGUUAAAGCUAGGCUCCUGAUUGAUGAGUUUUUACAUAAUAAUGAUUUUGAGGAAGCAAUCAGGUAUGUCAAGGAGCUGGCUUCGCCUAGUACAAUCCACUUGUUCAUCAAUGCUGAAAUUAACAAUGUCUUAGAGCUUUCUGUCGAAGCACGCCAAUUACUUUUUAACUUAGUCAAACAAAAUAUUAUCACCUUCGAUCAUUAUAAAAAAGGGUAGAUUCAGAAUUUUUUUAUUUUCAGUUUAUUUUUUAUUGAUAAUCAAGUUGAGCAUCAAAAAAUUUUAAGACUAAAAUUU